CACGAGCGAAUGUAGGUUUUGACGUCAGCAAGGAGGGAAGGCCAAUGGAAAUAACGGGAGAUGGUAUCAAAGGUUUUCUGGAAACCAAGGUGGCCAGCGAUCUUGGCGUCGUGGUGCUCGGCCAAGAGCUGGGUGCGAAGGCCACGAGCGUCAGGGAUGCAGAGUCGGCGGGUGCCUUUGGUUUCAAUGUGGAGAAGGUUGUCGUGGAGGGCGUAGCCGGAGACAGGGUCGAGGUCACGGAGUUUGUUGUAGAUGGUGGAGAAGUCGGGGCAAGAGAGGUAUCCUUGGGUGUAGCGAUGGUAGAGCGAUGGCAGGAGCUGGAUGUGGGUCAUGGCGGCGUAGACUUUCUCAGGGGGCUUGUGGUCGGGGCGGCAGGAGAGGGCAUCGGCAACGCGGUUGCUCUUGCGAGGGGUGUGACAAAUGGUAAAGAAUUUCUGGUCGCGGAGGAUGGCGAGAACUUGGCGGAGAUGAUCAAGGUGAGACUCGAAGGUGGGGCUAAAAACAAGGAUGUCGUCGAGGUAGAUCACGACACAGACUUCGAGGAGGUCGUGGAAGACGUGGUUCAUGGUGGAUUGGAAUGUGGCGGGGGCGUUGAAACCACUGCGGAGGUCAAUCUUGGUGAAGUAUUUGGCUCCACGGAGGCGAUCAAGAGGUUCGGAUAUCCGGGGAAGCGGAUACUUGUUCUUGAUCGUGAUCCGGUUCAAGAUGUCAACGUUCACCACAUUGCAGAGCGCGGGAUUCGAGCUGUCAUAGGGGAAUGCAACAUAAUUAUGACGACGAUCCGCGGAGAGAUUACCUGGCAGCUGAAGCAUUGGUUCUGGCCAGAAAUAGGGAUUCCGCUGGUCGGAUCGCACCAAUCGGACCACCACCUCCCCGCUCACAACAAGAUGCGCGCCGAGAUGAAAGAGAACAAGACAUGGAGACGGAGCGGCGACGAUCCGUGGGGCGCCCCCGCCUUCAAGACGGCACUCUUAAAAGUUUUCCAGAUGAGGAAGGAAGGACGAAACCUCGGCGUCACCCUGCAACAACUCGCUUUCGCGGAGAUGGUCAUUCAAUGUGAGAUAGAACAGACAACGAAGACGACACGAGCUGCGGAGCAGAUAGAAAAAUUGGUAUCUAUAAAGCAGGCAAUCGUCUCAUCUCUACAAGCGCGCGACACGCUGGCGGCAACGGAAACAACCGCCGUUGGCCUAGAGGAAGGCGCGUUCGGCCGGGGUGAGCUUUUUGAGACGAGGGGGUUGGGGGGAGGAGGAAGGCUGGGAGGCCAAGCGUUGCCGUUCCAUCCUCAUGAAAUGGAUAGCCUGGAAGUCUUCCUCGUUGGGGGCGGUUGGUCGUUGAGAGCGGAGGUGAGGAAGGCGAUCAUGGUGGAGAAGGCGGGUAAGGAGAUCGGUGAGAGGGAGCUCGGGCUCGUAGGUGAGGGUUGCGGUGAGGUGGGGGAAGCAUACCCGCUUGAUGCGGGAGAUGAAAACGUAGUCGGGAAUGAGAGUCGACGGGAUGUGGAGGCGGAGGUAACGAACGUAAUGGAUGAAUCGCUCGGUGGGGCCGGUUUGGCGGAGGUUGCAAAAUUGAUCGAUGUAGUCGUCGAUUGUCUUUUGCGGACGGAAGGUGGCGAUGAGAAGGUCGACCCAUGGAAGGAAGGUGAUGCGGGGAAGGUCGUUGGCUCGGCGGUUGUUGGCUUCGAUUAACCACUGUUGAGCGGCUGCGCCUUGGAGGCGGGAGGUUGCGGUGGGGAGCCAAUGAGCGAG